AUGGUAAUUAUCGGCCAAGUAGCACCACCAACCGAAGGAGUUGUUUUUACCUCCGAUAAUGUGACACUGAGAAUUGAACAACACACUGUGGGCAAAGGAAAUGUCUACAUCAGUCAUAGUUCACUAAUGUGGAAACCGGCCAAUGAACCCGAAGGCAUGUCAAUAUCCUGGAAACGUAUUGGUGUACAUGGUACGGCCAGCAUACCAUCGAAGUGUAUUUGUUUUGUUGUGGAUCGUCACAUUCGAUGGCCCGGGGCAAGUGAUGAGCAUGUUGCCAAUGGCAAUGGUCAUGCCAAGACAGCCGAUACAAAUGGUGCAGAGGAUGCCGCUAAUGGAAAUAGCGAUAAUGAAGAUGAUGAUGACGAAGAGGAGGAUGUUUUUGUUGAUGCCGAAGAGGACCAGCUAACCGAGUGUUGGUUAUUGCCCGAUGAUGUUAACAUUGUGGAUACCAUGUAUCAGGCCAUGACUGAAUGCCAAGAAUUACAUCCCGACUCGGACGAUAGCAUAUCCGGAGAUAGUGAUAUCAUGGAAUACGAUGAAGAUGGCGAGGGCGAAUUUGAUGAUGCCGGCGAUUACAUCUCAUCAGGCAAUGGUGAUUCUGGUGCUGUGGAUAAUGCCUGUGCGGGCAUGCACAACUUAUCGGUUGAUCAAUUUGCCGAUGCUGAAGAAUAA